AUGGCCCUAACCACAGCGACUGAACAGGCGCCUGAUCGCCGUCGCAACGACGCUCGUGAACCUCUCGCUCUCCUUCUCUACGGCCUGCUGUGCAAGCGUCUCUCCCGAUCUGCAGGCAUGGACUUCCUCAAGUCGGCCGUCGCGUCGGCCAUUGCCAAGGGACCGCCAUUCCCCUAUACGUUUGGCGAUCGCGUUGACUUGGACCAGUCUAUCUGGACGCUGUACAAUGGCACAAAGCGCGAGGACGGCUCAAACUGUAGUAUAUUCUCCUUUGACAUCACGGCCAACAAGUCGCGACUGCCCCUCGCCAAGAAUGCCGUCAAGAAGCUCCGGACCCUGCGCCACCCCGGCGUCAUCAAGGUGCUGGACACAGUCGAGCCUCCUUUCGAACAGACAGACACAUACAUCUACAUAGCGACCGAGCGACUCGUCCCUUUGCGAUGGCACAUCAAGCGCAAGAGCUUAAGCCCGGAGACCUUGAAAUGGGGACUCUACAGCGUCGGACGCACGCUCAAAUUCAUCAACGACGAGGCCUCUUCGAUCCACGGCAACCUCAAGGUCGCCUCCAUAUACACAUCCGAGAGCGGGGAGUGGAAACUGGGUGGCUUUGAGGUCCUCAGUAACGUCAAGGACGACGAUGCUGUCAUAUAUACCUACGGGAGUCUCGUACCAGACUCUGGGCGUUACACCCCUCCCGAACUGGCCAAAUCUGGCUGGGAUGCCAUAAAACGUAGCCCUCACUCGGCCGUGGACUCAUUCAACUAUGGCACACUCAUCUUCGAGGUCUUCAACGGAGACUUCAUGGGUACAGAACAAGCCGGCCAGACGAAAAACAUCCCCCCGACUAUGCAUGCCAGCUACAAGCGGUUGGUCAAUGCCAACCCCAAGGCCAGGCUGACCCUUAGUCACUUCCUUGACCAAGGCUCACGCAAUGGAGGCUUCUUUGAUUCGCCUUUGAUCAAAUUGACUGACGGUGUGGAGAGUUUGGGCGUCAAGUCCCCAGAGGAGCGUGAGGAAUUCCUAGAUGACUUGGAUCAACUCACAGACGACUUUCCGGAAGAUUUCUUCAAGAUGAAGGUCCUUCCCGAGCUGCUCAAGUCAGUCGAGUUUGGUGGUGGAGGCCCAAAGGCCUUUGGCGUGGUUAUGAAAAUCGCGACCAAACUUUCAAACGAUGACUUCGACAGCAGAGUAACGCCUGUGGUGAUCAGACUCUUUGGGAACCCUGACCGGGCGAUACGGGUGUGCCUGCUGGACAGUCUCCCCAUGAUGAUCGACAGGUUACCGCAGAAAACGGUCAAUGAUAAGAUCUUCCCUCAAAUCGUUACGGGCUUCACAGAUUUGGCGCCCGUGGUGAGGGAGCAGACCCUCAAGUCAGUCCUCACACUUAUAACCAAACUAUCUGACCGGACUAUAAAUGGUGAGCUACUCAAGUACCUCGCAAAGACGGCCAACGACGAGCAACCGGGAAUCCGUACCAACACCACCAUCUGCCUGGGCAAGAUCGCCAAAUACCUCGGCACCUCGUCCAGAGCCAAGGUCCUGAUCGCUGCCUUCAGCCGCUCCCUGCGGGACCCCUUCGUCCACGCCCGGAACGCCUCGCUCCUGGCGCUCGGCGCCACCGCAGAGUACUUUAGCGACGAGGACUGCGCCGCGAGGCUCCUCCCCGCGAUAUGUCCCGCGCUCAUCGACAAGGAGAAGCUCGUGCGGGACCAGGCCAGCAAGGCCAUGGACAUCUACCUCGCGAGGAUCCGCAAGGCCCAGGCCAGCAUGCCGGACUCGGUCCUGCCGCCCCCCGCAUCGGGCGACUCGGUCGCGCCGCGCAUGGGCACGCCCCAGCCCGCCGGCGAGUCGGCCGCCGCCUCGUGGACCGGCUGGGCCAUCUCCUCCUUCACCAACAAGCUCUCCGCCGCGGCCGGCGAGAUCGAGCCCUCGGCGUCGACCAACGGCUCCCCGCGACCCUCGCCGUCAGGCACGCCGACGAUGGCAGACGGCGGCCGCAGACCGCCCGCUCAGACCACGUCCUCCGCCUCGGCGCUGCACCGCCAGGCCCUCAAGUCCCCGCCGCUGAGCACCUCCCACUCCGUGGCCAGCCUCCCCGCCGCCGCCGCAGCUGCCGCUUCCGCCGCCGAUGACGACUUUGCCGACGGCUGGGGCGAAACGGACGACUCGGGCGCCGCGGCCGCCGACGCCUUCUGGGACAACGACUUUGACGACAACGCGGCGGCGGCGACGACGACGACGACGACGACGACGACGACGACGACGACGAGCAAGCCCGGCAGCCGCAACGUCAGCAGCGGCAGCGGCACGGCGCAGCCGUUCGCCUCGGGCGCGGACGGCGACGGCGGCGAGCCCGACUUUGCGGGCUGGCUGGCGGCGCAGCAGCAGAAGAAGGCCGGGGCCGUGAUGGGGGCCAAGAAGGCGCUGCCCAAGGGCCUGGCUAAGAAGCCGGCGGCCAAGACAACGGCGGCGGCGAGCAGGCCCGCCGUGGCAGCCAAGAAGUUGGACAUGAAGCCUAAGGAGACGGACGACGAUGACGGGUGGGGAGAUGGGUGGUAA